AUGCAAGGCGGACUGCAGAGCCUGAACGAAGCAGCUUACCGGGCUGUGCCCCUGAUUGUCACUCCGUACUUCUCUGACCAGACGCACAACUGCGCGAAGAUAAACUCAGCAGGCAUCGGCAUCCGUAUCUAUUUGAAGGAUAUCAGCAAGGAGACUGUGCUCGACGCCAUCAACAAAAUUAUACAUGAUCCCAGCUACAAGGAGAGGAUGGCGCAGUAUUCUCGGCUGUUCCGCGAGCACCGCGAGCAGUCUGUGGAGACGGCGGUGUGGUGGCUGGAGUACAUGAUCCGCCACAAGGGAGCGCCGCACCUGCGCAGCGGUCCAGUGGCCGCCGGAGUGGAACUGCGCGGUAGCGGUCGCCGUCCCGCCGAGACACCAGGAACAAACGAGCCCGAGGCGCUGCCGCGCACCGGCGGACACGCCCGAUUCUCAGAGCUGCACGGCAAAGCGCUGGAGUUCUGCCGCCUUAGACGGGGAUUCCUGGGAUCGCGCUCCGAAACACUCGCAGGAAACAUGGGAAUGGCGAGGGCGUGGCUUCUCUUGGUGCUGGCCGCGCAUUGCUCCCGGUCGGCGGACAUCUUGUUCGUGGCGCCCACGUGGGCUGUGAGCCACGCGCUGCCCCUGCACAAGGUGGUGACCGCGCUGCUCGACAGGGGGCACCACGUCACCUACGUCACGCCGCACCCCCUGCAGCCCGAGAAGAACGAGAACUACACCCUGGUUGACCUGACUCUACCUGUCAUGAAACCUGCAAUAGUGAACAGGUCAAUCUUGGCAGAUACGUGGCCAAUGAGACUAGUUGAAGCGUACCACGAAGCUGGUGUUCUAUGCUGCAACAGACUGAAGCACCCAGCAAUGCAAGAAUGGCUCAAGUCUGAUCAUAGGUUUGAUCUUGUCGUCAUGGAGCGUCUGCCGUACCAGUGUUUCUACGGGCUGGUGCACAAAGUAGGGCUGCCCCCCAUGGUUGGCAUCCUGACACUUCCUGCUAUGGCACCAACCUACUACGCCAUAGGCAACCCCAUAAACCCAGCAUAUCUGUCAGAUGUUUUCAUUGGAUACACCGACCACAUGGAUUUCUGGCAGAGGCUGUACAACACGUACUUCAUCGCAAGGUUUCUCUAUUUCUGGCAGACAACAGUACUGCCUGCCCAUGAAGCCAUUAUGAGGGAAAUUUUUGGCCCAGAUCCACCAUCAGUUUACGAAAUGGAGCGCAACUUCAGCAUGCUGAUAGUAGAUGUCCAUUUCAGUGGGGAUUACCCUAGACCAAAUGUACCAAAUGUGAUUGAAGUCACAGGACUGCACGUAGAAGACAAUGUCGAACCAUUACCAAAGGAUAUCCAGAAGUUCCUGGACGAAGCAGAGCACGGCGUCAUCUACUUCAACCUCGGCUCGAACGUCAAAAGCAGCACGCUGCCGGAACACAGGAGGCAGGCGUUCGUGGACGCCUUCAGGGAGAUACCGCAGCGGGUUGUCUGGAAGUGGGAGGACGACAACAUCCCUGACAUUCCAGACAACGUACUCGUGAGAAAAUGGCUCCCCCAGCAGGGCAUUCUGGCUCAUCCAAAAGUGAAACUGUUCAUCAUGCAAGGCGGUGUGCAGAGCCUAAAUGAAGCUGCGUUCCGCUCUAUACCGCUGAUCGCCGUGCCGUUCUUCUCUGACCAGCGUCACAACUGUGCCAAGAUAAAAGCAGCAGGAAUUGGUGUCCGAAUUUACCUCAAGGACAUCACAAAGGAAUCUGUCCUUGAUGCCAUACACAGAGUUCUGGAAGACCCCAGCUACAAGGAGAGGAUGGCGCAGUAUUCUCGGCUGUUCCGCGAGCACCGCGAGCAGUCUGUGGAGACGGCGGUGUGGUGGCUGGAGUACAUGAUCCGCCACAAGGGAGCGCCACACCUGCGCAGCGCCGCCCUAGACCUCUCCUGGUGGCAGCUGCUGCUGCUCGACGUCGUCGCCUUCGUGCUGGCCGCAGCCGCCGCCACCGUUACCGCCCUCUGGUUCGUGGCCAGGAGGCUGCUGGCCGCCUUCACAGCGCGGAAGGACAAGCUCAAGACCCACUGAGCCACACCUGCCUGCGAGAGGUUACAGUAGCGCGAUGUACAAAGUUACCGCAAAGAAUGCUGCACGCAAUAACUGAUCAAAUAUUGUGAUGAUCCCUUCAUUAAGGCAACAUUGUGACUCUAAUUAUGUGGUGAUUUACUGCAAACACAACCACAAACAAUAGCCUUAAGUGUGGUAUUUGCCAUCAACGGAUGUAAAAUGGACUGGUGUAGAGCUGCAAGAAUGUAAUUAAUGUAUAUCAUAGUUGUUUGCAUUUCAAGACAAUACAUUUGUUUCCGACCAUUAGUGGUAGUUACCGCGCAAGGUGGCGCAGUUGUAAGAAAAUGGACUCUUAUUCUGGAGGACGCCAGCUCAAAUUCACGUCCGGUCUUCCCUGAUUUCCGUAAAUCGCUUAAGAGAAAUGUUACGAUGGUUCCUUUGAAGGGCAAGGUUGAUUACUUCCUCAACACGAACUUGUAUUCCUUGUCUUAUGAACUCGUCUUCGAUGGGAUACUGAAAUCGUAUCUUCCACUUUUAUUGUAGUGUUGGGGUGACGGGUUCGUUAGUGGAGGUAGAUGGGCGGCAUAGGUCACGAACAGCUGUGUGGUUGUUUAACCCUUAAUUUUUUUCCAAGAGCUGAUAACAGAAGACCAGUGCACGUGGUAGAUGGUACACAUCGAACCCACGAUGCACUGUGCACGAUGUGCGGCCGGGGCGCAGCCAGCGGUCGCUACGCCCAGCUCGACUCGACGGCAGAGCGAUCUCGCGAUGCUACCACUCUCUGGUGGCCGUGGUAUGUGGUGGACACCUGCUGGUGGGGCGGCUUUGCACGGCCGGGCUUCAGGCUGGCAGACCGCCCCUGCGUAUGGAGGACGCCCUGUGGAGCGGUGGCUGGGCGCUCGUCUCAUUGAUGCUGCAGCUACACACACAGGCAGGCAGACCUCUCAGGCUGGUGGUGGAUCGAUGGCGGUCUCAUGCCAGAAGCCCACAGUACAGUGGACGCUGACUGAAUGACUCGCCAAUUCGCCGCCCCACCCUGGCUAUGUAGCUAGUAUUUACAUGUACCAGGGUGGGCACGUUGUUGACUGGACACCCCAGGUGUCACGUACAUCACUUGCUGCACCGCCACCAAAGCGUCUCACGUUACAGUAAUACCGUCGAUCGUUGACCAAACGGCAGUGCUGGUGUACCGAGACAGACACCGCGUCUAGACUCACCGCAUUACCGCAACCACGGCAGUCGCGGCAACGAGCCCUUACCUCGGCUCGCGCCGCUAUGGUAGUUAACCUUUACAAAGUUCCAUAUCAACUACAAUCCAACUGUAGCGUUUGUACCAGUCUCUGAAACUGCCUGGCAGAUUGAUACACGAACAUUGGACCUUUGCCUUUCGUGGGCAAGUGCUCUACCGACUGAGCUAUCCGAGCACAACUCACGACCUGUCCUCACAGCCUGAUUUUCCCCAGAAUCCCGUCUCCUACAGUGAAUAGCUCAACCAGUAGAGCAUUUCCCAGUGAAAGGCAAGGAUACCAGGAGUUUGGAACACCGAAGUGGCACAGUUUGAAUCUAUCACAAACUUCCAAAUCAGCAUACACUCCACUGCAGAGUGAAAAUUAUAUCUGUGUACCAGUAUUUGCGAGAGUAUUUUAUAUCCUGUUUCCUUUCGCCAGUGUGUUUGCAGCAAGCUACACCUAGCGAGGAAACUUCUUGGCUGUCUCUGCCACAGCUGUAAGCACGGUGUGUCGAUAAUUCGCCCAUAGCAUAAGUUACACGAAAUGUUCGUCCUUCAGUCUUAUCACACACUAUUUUGUUUCUGAAAAUUGUCAAUUUUUGUGUUUCUUAUACCAAUACAUUAAUUCGUAUGUUGUUCUGCGACUGCACUAUUCUUUCUCUCGCCAUACCCUUCCCACAUUAUAUGCGUAUAUAGAUGUUACUGUUAAUCAUUUCUAGUCAUCGUACACUGCUUACAGUUAUAAUUAUAGUGUGUCUGCUAGACUGAUGACGAUCACAGCUAAUGCAAACUGACCAUCACAAAAAAAUACAAGAAACUCGUGUAAUGAAAUACUGAUAUAAAUACUUCAGUCUCAAGUAUAUGGAUCGUAGUGCUUUCGUCAUGACAAUGUCACACUCCAUCAACACACCAUUGUUUGAACCAAAACAAUUAACCCCUUUUCUAUCACACACGAGGGUUCAAAAGAAACUAAUAAUAUGCCCACUCUAUUAAUCUUUUCUCUGGUGUUACUAUCCUUUUUGUUAGCUAUUACUCUGAGAGAAAUGGAGCUUUACUAGACCAACUUUACCUCAAUUUCGUCGGUAUAUUUCAUUACCAGGCGGUGUACAGUCAGUGCAUCGUCGCAGACAGACCUGCGACUGUUACGCACCGUGUGGGGGAGUGCGGCGUCAAUGUCUGUAACUUGUCGUCACUGCCUGCACCCCUAAGCCUUGAGGAAGUUUAAGUGCCUCACAUAAAGGCCUUCUACAAGUUCUCGUCAGUGUUCUCCCCCCUUCCGCUUUUCAUAAUCGCCCUUGGAUGUAUCCUUCCUUUUGCUUCUUCAUCUUAGAUUCUUCAUUUCACCCAUCAAAUUAUUCCCAACCAAUUCUUGUUGCUACUGACUAAAACCCUCCAUUCCCACAUUAAAGGAAACACCCGCUCGCUUAAAUAUGUUUCCCAUAAAAGCAGUCCACGUUAAUGCUUUGUUUUCAGUAUCCCUCCCAUAAUUUGUAAUCUGCACAUUUUGUUGAGUCAUCGUAAGUUUUGCCUCGAGGUUCAUCCAUCGUCCACUCUCACUAACAUGCAGAUCGAAAACUUGCAAAGUUCUUCCCUUCGGCAAAAACAGUGGCAUCGGGAAACCAUUCCUGGGGCACCACUGUGGUUUCAAUAAUGACAUCGUUAUGGAAUUAGUAUUAGUUAUUCAAUUUUGAUUCCGAUGUUGAGCAGUUUAAUUCAGUGUAGUUACAUCGUUUCCUGCAGCGCUGUGUUGAAAACAAUACCUCAUGUAUUAAUACUAUUUUCUGUAAAGGUUGUGAUAUUUUUGCAAAAAUAUUAAAUCGACUGAAUAUAUAUAAA